GACCAGACUGGCAGGCGCUGGAGGGGUGCGGAGGGGUUUAGAUCUGAAUAAUUGAGGAGCGAUUCAGCAGCAGCCGCUGCCUCCCGUCUUCCUUUACCACCAUCACCGCUCCCACCUCAGCUCUAAGUGCAGAUCGCCGGCCAUCAGCAUCCAGGUCAUCACCUCCAGCCCCUCUGACGUUCAUGCCCAAGUCAAGACGGCUUUGGGUCCCACUGGGCCUUUCUUAAAAGGACACACACUCAUUGCUCCAUGAGUUCAAGGGUCAUCCACUAAGACUUCUGUACUCAUUACCAUCGUCAAACCUUCACUGCAACCGUACCAUUCACGAUGAGUGGUUUUCUGGCCUCCGUGGACCCCCGGCGGGUGCAGUGGGGGGCUGCCUGGUACGCAAUGCACUCUCGGAUCCUGCGCACCAAGCCAGUGGAGUCCAUGCUAGAAGGAACCGGGACUACCACCGCGCAUGGCACCAAGCUAGCCCAGGUGCUCACCACCGUGGACCUCAUCUCUCUCGGAGUCGGCAGCUGCGUGGGCACUGGCAUGUAUGUGGUGUCUGGGCUGGUGGCCAAGGAAAUGGCAGGACCUGGCGUGAUUGUGUCCUUCAUCAUUGCUGCCGUUGCGUCUAUACUAUCAGGUGUGUGCUAUGCGGAGUUUGGAGUUCGAGUCCCCAAGACUACGGGAUCUGCCUACACCUACAGCUAUGUCACUGUUGGGGAAUUUGUGGCAUUUUUCAUUGGCUGGAACUUGAUCCUGGAGUACCUGAUUGGCACGGCAGCUGGCGCCAGUGCCCUGAGCAGCAUGUUUGACUCCCUAGCAAACCAUACCAUCAGCCGCUGGAUGGUGGACACAGUGGGCACGUGUCAUCCUGUAGGGAAAGGAGAGGAGUCCUACCCAGACCUUCUGGCUCUGGUGAUUGCUGUCAUCGUGACCGUCAUCGUGGCUCUAGGGGUGAAGAAUUCUGUGGGCUUCAACAACGUCCUCAACGUACUGAACCUGGCAGUGUGGGUGUUCAUCAUGAUCGCAGGCUUCUUCUUCGUUAAUGGCAAAUACUGGGCUGAGGGCCAGUUCUUGCCCCACGGCUGGUCAGGGGUGCUGCAAGGAGCAGCCACGUGUUUCUAUGCUUUCAUUGGCUUUGACAUCAUUGCCACCACUGGGGAAGAAGCCAAGAACCCCAACACAUCCAUCCCGUACGCUAUCACCGCGUCCCUGGUCAUCUGCCUGACAGCGUAUGUGACUGGACAGUGUGCAAGGAGUGGGCUGUCGGCCAAGCAACUCAGGUUCCUGGCUCACGUGAGCUCCUACACAGAGACGCCAGUGGUAGCUUGCAUCGUGUCAGGGUUCCUGGCCGCUCUCCUCUCACUGCUGGUCAGUCUGAGGGACCUGAUAGAGAUGAUGUCCAUUGGCACACUCCUUGCCUACACCUUGGUCUCUGUCUGUGUCUUGCUCCUACGAUACCAACCCGAGAGUGACAUCGAUGGCUUUGUCAAGUUCCUGUCUGAGGAGCACACCAAGAAGAAGGAAGGCAUCCUGGCUGACUGUGAGAAGGAAACCUGCUCCCCUGUGAGUGAAGGGGAGGAGUUCUCCAGCACUGCCACCAACACCUGCGGGGCCAAGAACCUGCCAUCUUUGGGGGACAAUGAGAUGCUCAUAGGGAAAUCAGAUAAGUCCACCUACAACGUAAGCCACCCCAACUACGGCACUGUGGACAUGACCACGGGCAUAGAAGCCGAUGAGUCAGAAAACAUCUAUCUCAUCAAGCUGAAGAAGCUGAUUGGACCCCGAUACUAUACGAUGAGAAUCCGGCUGGGCCUUCCAGGCAAAAUGGACCGGCCCACAGCAGCGACAGGGCACACGGUGACCAUCUGUGUACUCCUGCUCUUCAUCCUCAUGUUCAUCUUCUGCUCCUUCAUCAUCUUUGGCUCCGACUACAUCUCGGGCCGGAGCUGGUGGGCCAUCCUUCUGGUUGUUCUGAUGGUGCUGCUGAUCAGUGUGCUGGUGUUUGUAAUCCUGCAGCAGCCAGAGAACCCCAAGAAGCUGCCGUACAUGGCCCCCUGCCUGCCCUUUGUGCCUGCCUUCGCCAUGCUGGUGAAUAUCUAUCUCAUGCUAAAGCUCUCCACCAUCACAUGGAUCCGGUUUGCGGUCUGGUGCUUUGUGGGUCUGCUCAUUUAUUUUGGGUACGGCAUCUGGAACAGCACCCUGGAAAUCAGCGCCAGAGAGCAGGCCCUGCACCAAAGCAUGUAUCAACGCUACGAUGUGGAUGACCCCUUUUCCGUGGAGGAGGGAUUCUCCUAUGCCACUGAGGGCGAGAGCCAGGAGGACUGGGGCGGGCCAGCCGAGGACAAAGGCUUCUAUUACCAACAGAUGUCAGAGGCGAAGACAAACGCCCGGACGAGUAGCAAAGCGAAAAGUAAAAGCAAGCACAAGCAGAACUCAGAGGCCCUGAUUGCAAACGAUGAGUUAGAUUACUCUCCGGAGUAGGGCUGAACUGCGGGAGCCGAGCGGGUGGCUUCUCUGCGAAUCCAGCCUGUGUGCUGGCAGGUGGAACCUUCUUCCGACUCUCAUUUCACAAACUUCCCCAAAGGCCAUCCCCAGACACAACCUGUCAUUUGCUAUUUUUGCUGUUCAGGAAAGUUCUAUUGAAAGGUUUUACCCAGGGCCCUUAAUUGACCCCCAUGUAAAAAAAAAAAAAUCAAAAUCAAAUGAAAUUCUAUGUUAGCGAGCUGUCCCAGCCGAGGACAGCAAAUGUUUCCUUUGCAGGAUGGAUCUUCGUGCUAAGAUCCGAGCAGGCUUUCCUCCAACCCUGCUGAGGCUGCAGGCCCUUGGGAGAGGAGCCACAAAGGUGGCUGUGGUGUGAGGUGGCUCUACAGCCCCCAGAGCAAAACUAGGAGCUGCUCCCCCAGGCCUGUAGGUCAGGCUCUUCAGGACUUUCUCAGUCAGCAACACUGUGUCCUUAAAUCUCACCUCCCCAAAACUAUCCACAGAGAAGACCGGCUUCUCUUUACUCACCAAAGUUCUUACAAUUUCCAGACUAUAAGGUUAGGAUCCAGAAAAGACAGAAGACUCUGAGACCAUAUUCCCCAUAAAACAACCUCGUAGUCAUCAAAGUAUAGUAAGAAGUACCACCAAAUCUUUACUUAAAUGCUCAAGAAAAAAAAGAAAGAAAAGCUGAAGUAACCGUCUCUCGAAUAGAGGUCAGGAAGGCAUUGGCAGAAAUGAACUGUCUGUCAUGCGUUCCCUUACACCAGACUCUGAGGUCCCGAAGGUCUGGGGAAAGGGCAGAGGUCGAGUGUGAUUGCAGGUUUCUGAUAUGCCUGGAAGAAACGGGCUAUUUGUUCUAUAAUCAGAUAAAAAUCUUUGCGAGGAGCAGUAACCCAGCCACUGAGAUCACAUUGCAAAUCCUACUUCAUAUCUCUAAAAUUAUAAAAUCUGCAGGGUUUUUCCUCUUUGGCUAGGUGACUGCCUGGUUGGACCCUGCUGGUUCCCAGAGAUGUAGAAGACCCGGAACUUGGGUCACACAGCUCAUAGAGCUCAAAUUCCCACCUGGACCUCCCUCCUCUAGGCUAGCUCACUUUUAGAGUGUUUUUCAUCUUGGUUCCGAAAGCACCUUCCCUGAGGUCCAGAGAAAUGACUGUCUGGUGGGGGUUAAGCAUAGGCCUCCAAAGGGAUUCUUAAAGAAUUUUCUCCAAAACAGGAUAGAUGAAUUUACAACAGAAAAACAUGUGGCUUCAGUAGCAUGUGUGCACAUGUGUAUGAAAACAAAUUUCUCUCACUAAGAUUUCUGCGAGAAUUUUUUUGGAAAUGGGGCAAAAGAGCAAAUUCCUUGCCCUCUGCUCCUCAAUUCAUCAUCCGCCAAAAAUUUUCAUGAAUAUCAACUAACAUCACUUCUUUCUUGCUUGCUCCGAGGCGCAUGUUUUCUUGGCAUGUACUUAGGUUACAGAGAGAAGGCAUGCUUCCUGUUGAGCUGACUGCCUAAAAUACACCAGCGGCUAAGUAGAGGCCUCCAGGAGAUCUGUAACUUCAGCCCUCGGAACCUAGGAGACAGCAGGGUCCCAUGACAGAUACAAGAAGCUCAACGUAACAGAUAAAGAUCAACUGAAACUAUUUUUUUAAUGAUGCUUUCAGAUCAGUUGUGUACCAUGCUCUCAGCCUAUGUCUGCCAGUGCACUAAAAUAAGUAGUUUUUACAUCUCUUUCAUCACUCUAUAUUAACUAUGUAGAACCUGGCUUUCAGUACUCAUUCUUACCAUUUUUAUGUAAUGUCUGACAAAGCUGUUUCCUCUUCCCUAAACUUAACCAUCACAAUGCAGUGCCUGGCCUGCAACAAACACCCUGGAGAACUCCCUGUAAGAUAAUUAUGAGUCAUGUCUGUCAAAUCUAAGUUCUAAACUGGGGUGGGAUGCAGAAAACCUGCCUAGUAGAAACAGCUAUUAAGCUGGGUCUGCUUCUCAAUAAAUGGGGCAGUGUUCUCUUCCUUAGAUAUGGUUAGGAGAAAUAUGGAUGCAAUGUGACAAAUCUUAACACGGGUGGAAAGUUACAUCUUACUGGUGGUGUUUAGGGAUUAAAGUAGCAAUGGUCUGGUGGCAGGUGUGUGCUAUUUCUGUAGCAUAAGAAAGAGCAUGGGCUUUACUGUUGAUGUCAUUAGUGUUGUUUCUGUGCAGAGCCAAUGAAUUAUUCUCAUCUCGGAUGCCAUUUUUCUCAGUUAGAAGCUUUAGAUGUUUUCAAUCGUUGCUCUCAUCAUUUGUCUAAAAUUGUUGGGGUUAUCUUCUUAGCUGCCUUGGGUUUUAAUAUAUAUAUAUGUAUAGUUUGGGAAGUUUUCUCAGGUACGUAGCAUGUUUUCACCACGUUUUUUCCACUCCUGUGAAAGAGUCCUAGGUUUCACAAGAAGGUUUUGAAAUACCAUCAUAUUUGAACAUCGUGUUUAUGAGACUGCAUUAAAAGUAGGGUUACCUUAUAAAUAAGUCUCUUAGAAAAACUCCUCCGAUGGGGGUUCAGUGUAUGUGGGAUGUCUAAUUUUGGAGCCAAUAAUUUAAUCUUUUAAUUUAAUUCUAUUUAUUAACACUCUGCCUCAUUUCGUUAAGAUUGGAGGCAGCUGUUAAAACACAAGUGCUCCAAAGCCCAGGGGAAGAAUACAGUGAAAAUGGGCGGAGAAAGGGAAACUUGGAGCCAGAAUGUGUGAAACACACAAGCGCAAGGACUCUCAAGGGGUUUGCUGAGUUUUCCAGUGGAGAACACCUUAGAAAGCAAUAGGCCUGUCAGUAAUGACAGCCAGGACUGCUACAUGAUAAUAAAUAAUUAAUAAAUAAACCUUUCCCCCUGAGGGCAGAGUGUUAAAGCAGCACAGACCCCUGACACCCACAGAGAAGCUCCAAAGCUAGAUUACACUAACUACGUGUACCUAAUGGUUAGUGGAUAUCAAGAAAUACCUGCUGGACAGUGGUGGUGCACGCCUUUAAUCCAGCACUGAGGAGGCAGAGGCAGGCGGAUCUCUGAGUUAGAGGCCAGCCUGGUCGACAAGAGCUAGUUCCAGGACAGCCAGGGCUACACAGAAAGUCCUUGUCUAGAAAAAAGGAAGCAAGGAUGAUAUUAUUGGUGGGGACCAUGAGGGGAUAAAUGAAAUAAAGGAAAAUAAGCCACCUAUUCAGGAGUUAUUCACAGAGUACCCGCUGUGUGCUAUGGCAUACUCUGAGGCCAUGAUAAGUGGAAGGUUCAGUUCUUAAGAAAUAACAUCGAGAGAACUGGCCAGACAGCUCAGAGGGUCAACGGCUUCCCUAGCAAACCUGAUGACUUCAGUUCAAUCCCUGGAACCUGCAUAAACAUGGAAGAAGUGACUCCACAUAUCUGUUCUCAGACCUUCACAUGGGUGUUCUGGGACACACACUCACUCACACACACACACACACACACACACACACACAAACUAUGCAUACACAUUCAGUAAUCAUAAACAAAACUUUUGAAGAAAUCUAUUUAGAAUCGUAUCAAAGAUGGCAGGCAGGAUGGAGAUAAGAACGUGCUUUUGGGCUUAAAUGUGGCAAACACCUCCACACGUUGGAGAGAUCAAAGAACACGGUGUACACGCAGCCUGUGGAAGCAGCAGAGCCUUAGCAAGGCAGAAACAGAAGAGAGGCAUGCAGAGGACAGCUAAGAUGCAGACUGUGGCUGAGGGCUCCCUGAGUUUUGUUCUUUGCCUUCCUCCAGGAAAAGUAAGGAGCUGGUGUAGCUGUCGCUAUAAUUUACGUGUGAUUCACAUGACACAGUAAGAGAGAUGCCAGGAAAGUAGGGGAGGGGUCAGUCACAGCUCGAGUGACAAGCCCACUGGUGUUCUGUGGGUGGGGAGUGCUUGUUAGGGUUGCAGGGGGACAAGUCAGGCAAGGUUGGACUUGAGAAAAACUGGGCAGUGGUACCAUUGCCCAGGCAAGGAGCAAACGGGUCACGUACACACAUUUAGCAGAGAGAUGAAAAAAUUCCGUGCUCAAAGCAAGACACUGCUCUUCCUCCCGUCUCAGAUUUUACAUUCCCUUAGGAAACUGUUAUCUUCUAACAUGCCGACAUGCAACACAACUUUUCAACUUUACAGCUUGCGGCAAUUCCUUUCAAUGACCAAAUCUAACUCCUGCUUGUAUCUAUCUAAUCUGAAUAGUAAAACCCCUGCUUCUGGCUUGACUUAAAUUGAGCUCGAGGCUGGUUUAAACUAAAAGAGAAGUUGAAUGUUGGAAUUAUGCAAAAAAAAAAAAAACCUCCCAGGUCUGCCUCUUAGUAAGAGCAAGUCCUGUGCCUCCACAACGCUACAAAUGCAGCCACUGUUGGAAAACAAGAUUCAGAGAAAUGUCUGUACAACUGAGAAGAGUUGAGAAAUCUGAUUGCCUUUGGAUCAUGCUUGUUGGAAAUCACAUUACCAGAGAAUUCCUCUUUGAAAUAUAUAGAAUCAUAAAUAGAAUUUCCAUCUAAGUAUCCACCUGAAAGACUAGGGGAAAUUGAUGUCCUGUUUGCCGCUGGGCUUUUACAGGAGCCUGGGAAACCCCUGAGACUCGGGCACAGGUUGGUCCACCUUUCCGGCUCAUGUUAGAAUGUUCUCUGAUAGAAAGUCAAAAGUCAGGGCAUAAGCUGCAGCUAGAGCUGGAUCUGUUCUGGGAGUCCUGGGGGCAGUGGUUCACUCUUGGACCCCAGCCUCGCAUGGGAGUGCACCAGAGAUGGCUUCCAUUUCCCAAGGAGCGGAACGUGGAGGAAAACCAGGAAAAGGUGUCCGCCAUCAUGGUGGGACCUCUCUCCAUUCUCAAACGUCUUUCAAAAAGACUUGCUAAUAAGACAGGUAUUUCCAACCCAUUUUUAUGAAGCCUCCCUAGGCCCUUUCCCUGGGUACUUCUUUAACGCUGAUUGUCCGUUUAUCUGCAGAAAGGCCCUUUGGAGACCCCAGACCAACAGUCAAUCAGCAGUGGCCUCGACCAUCAGUGUCCACAGUUUCAGUUGACAUUGCUUCAGGCUAGAGACUGCAUCCCAACCCAGAGGGUCCACACCAGCAGCUCCAGAAGGCUAUUUCCUCCAGAACCGUCACUGCAUUUUCAGUUGGUUAAGAGUUCUUGCUGCCAGGUGGUAGUGGCCCAUGCCUUUAAUCCCAACACUUGGUAGACAGGAAGAUCUCUGUGGAGUCAGCCCGGUCUGCAAGAGAUAGUUCUGGGACAGCUAGAGCUGUUACACAGAGAAACCCUGUCUUGAAACCCAAAAAUUAACAAUAAUAAUAAAAUAAAAGAGUUCUUGCUGACCAUAACUACCUGUGACUUCAGCUCCAGGAUGUACAAUGCCCUUGGGCACUGCACCCUGUGCACAUGCUCAAACACAUACACAACAUUUUUUAAAGAAAAAUAAUUCUCUGAAAAAAUAUGGGAUGUCCUCUUUUCCUGUUUUGGGCUUAAAGCCCAAAGAGAUUAGUAAAGGUUUAAAGUCCACCAGAAAUUCAUAUGUAUUCUGCCAUAGCAGCUAGAAUAGUAUUGAAAUCACUCAUUAAUAAAUGCAUGGACUCACACAGCCCAAAGGAGACUUCCAAAAAGACAUCAUAGGUUUGAAGUCUCCUGACACAGAUGGCUCUAAUCUUGGACUCUUUCUGAAUAUUUAGUGUGUGUUGGUUCAUAUGAGGGAGAAAAAUAGCAUCCUGCUGGGAGUGGGAGGUCAGGACGGCCUGGAUUUUUAUAUUGAAAGCCUCCUCUGUGCUCUUUUUUGUUUCUGUCUAGCUUUCCUGACAAUAACACUGGUAGUACAGGCUAAAGGAAACCUUGGGUCAUGUGAACAUUGUCAGAAGUGCAGACUCUGAAGGGCUGUGUUCAUUCUGGUGUUGGGAUGAUGUCCUGGUCCACGGACAUCCUUCGAGGGCUCUUGGCAGUUGCUGAUAGACAAGUCUCAUUUCUAGUCAUGAAGUUGAGAGCUUACACUGGGAAUCAGAAGCCCCUGCUUCCCAAAGCAGAGAUGCUGUUAAUGUUAUAAAAAGCACCUAAAUACCUCAACUAUCUGGGCUGAGCAAAGGAGCUUCAGGCUUUCAAGAGGGCGGCUAAUGUCUUCGCUCCACGUAGUGACGACGUAGUGACUGCCAACAGGACCCUGCAUUCUGCUUCUUCUCACUGUGGGAAAGUACCAUGACCAUUUAAUUCAUAUCCCAAAGUUAUAAAUACAACCUGUAAAUUCCACUAAGCUGUUUCAGUUUCGUUUGGUCCUUAAAAAGUACAACUUGCAUUUUGCAGAUGGUCAUUUCUGGUGUGUUCUUGGCUACUUUCCUUUCCUGUAUGAAAUUGUUGUAUUGUUAAUGUGUUCGUUUUGUGGUUUUAAUUCCCAUUGGUGCACUGUACAAUGGGGGCGUUGUAAUGUACCAUGAAGAAAAGGAUAACAUGCAGAUGUCCUAUAAAGUGUGUUUUAUUUUCAAAAUGACUGUGGUGUUGACAAAUAUUUUGAUUUAUCAAAAUACUAAGGAAAGUUAUAAAUUUACCAAAAUGUGUAUAUUUUAAUAAAUGCAUAAAGCUUUAUUGUGUGCCUUUACAUCUAAAUUUUGGGUUAAUUAAAAAAGAAA